AUGGACAUUGUAAGUUGUACACUGCUCCUUCUGUUAACGUGCAUAGCCAUUCAUGUUCUUCGCUCAUUCCUUGCAAGAAGCACGAAACCAAACUACAAGCUUCCACCAGGACCUUCCCCUCUUCCCAUUAUUGGAAACCUCCUUGAACUUGGGGAAAAGCCCCACAAGACCAUGGCUAAGCUAGCUAAGAUUCAUGGCCCUGUUAUGAGUCUAAAGCUAGGUCAAAUAACCACCGUUGUGAUCUCCUCAGCAGAAAUGGCCAAAGAGGUGCUUCUAACCAAUGACCAGUUCUUGUCAAACCGAACCAUUCCCCAAUCUGUGUCAGUUCUCAACCACCAACACUAUAGCCUUGCCUUCAUACCCAUUUCACCUCUUUGGCGAGAGUUGAGAAAAAUAUGCAACACUCAAUUAUUUGCACACAAGACUCUUGAUGAAAGCCAACACGUUAGGCUUAAUAAAGUGCAACAACUCCUCAUGGAUAUCCAUCAAAGCAGCCAAAUUGGUGAAGCAGUAGAUAUUGGAACAGCAGUGUUCAAGACUACCAUAAAUCUAUUAUCAAACACCAUUUUCUCUGAGGAUUUGAUUCAGUCUACAGGUAAAGCAGGAGAGUUCAAGGACUUGGUGACGAAUAUCACAAAACUUGUCGGAACACCAAACUUGGCAGAUUAUUUUCCCGUGUUAAAGAUGGUUGAUCCACAGGGCGUAAAAAGAAGACAGGCUAAGAACGUUAGGAAGGUGUUAGACAUCUUUGAUGGCUUGGUUAAGCAGAGGUUGAAGGUGAGGGAAGAAGGCACAGGUUUAGAAACCCACAAAGACAUGUUAGAUGCCAUGCUCAACAUUUCUAAAGAGAACAAGAUGAUGGACAAAAAUAUGAUUGAACAUCUCUCACAUGAUCUAUUUGUUGCGGGAACAGAUACAACAGCAUCUACCUUAGAAUGGGCAAUGACUGAGCUACUCCGCAACCCAGAGGUAAUGUCAAAAGCGAAAAAAGAGCUUGAGAAAAUCAUUGGCAGAGGUAGAGGUAUCCCACUUGAGGAAUCAGAUGUUUCUAAGCUUCCAUACUUACAAGCAAUAAUAAAAGAGACAUUAAGGUUGCACCCACCAGUUCCAUUUUUACUACCACGUAAAGCAGAGAGAGAUGUGAACAUAGGUGGCUACACUAUCCCAAAAGAUGCACAAGUGCUAGUUAAUGUGUGGACUAUAUGCAGGGAUCCUACCUUAUGGGAGAACCCAACUUUGUUUUCGCCAGAGAGGUUCAUGGGAUCAGAUAUUGAUGUCAAAGGACGAAACUUUGAGCUAGCACCGUUUGGUGCUGGACGACGAAUAUGUCCUGGCUUGCAAUUGGCUAAUAGAAUGUUGCUCUUGAUGUUGGGUUCUCUAAUCAACUCAUUUGAUUGGAAGCUUGAAGAUGGCUUGAAACCGGAAGACAUUGACAUGGAUGAUAAAUUUGGUAUUACCUUGCAAAAGGCUCAGCCACUUCGAAUUGUUCCUAUCCAAAUCAGCAAUUAA